GGGCGCUAUGAUAAAUAGCAAGAUUCUCGUUUUCUCUCAUCUGAAUACGGGGACCUGUUUCACUUUUAUUACCCCGCUCUCGAAUCCCCCAACCCCUCUUUCUUUCUCUCUCCAAAUACUCUCUCUCUUCUCAGAUUCCUUUGGCAAGCCCCUUCUUCCCCAUCUCUCAGAUUCUCAGCUAGCAAUACCGAAUUCAAAACAUCAGGGUUGCAGAAGAAUCUGGUGUGUAAUUUUGAGAUAUCUAUUGUAGGCUGACUGGUUAUAAGAUUGAUAAAGGAAGGGAUUCAAGGGAGCAUGGCAGAGCAGGUCUUGGAGGGGAGUCAGCCUGUUGAUCUUACCAAGCAUCCUUCUGGAAUUGUACCCACUCUUCAGAAUAUUGUGUCAACUGUGAACCUGGAUUGCAAAUUGGACCUUAAGGCUAUAGCUUUGCAAGCCCGCAAUGCUGAAUACAAUCCCAAGCGUUUUGCUGCUGUUAUCAUGAGAAUUCGAGAGCCAAAAACGACAGCAUUGAUAUUUGCUUCAGGGAAAAUGGUUUGCACGGGAGCCAAGAGUGAACAACAAUCUAAGCUUGCAGCAAGGAAGUAUGCUCGCAUAAUCCAAAAGCUUGGCUUCCCUGCUCACUUUAAGGACUUCAAGAUUCAGAAUAUUGUUGGGUCUUGUGAUGUCAAGUUCCCUAUCAGGCUUGAGGGGCUUUCAUAUUCGCAUGGUGCUUUCUCAAGUUAUGAACCAGAAUUGUUCCCAGGUCUGAUUUACCGGAUGAAGCAGCCAAAAAUAGUCCUCCUAAUAUUUGUGUCUGGCAAGAUUGUUCUUACAGGGGCCAAGGUGAGGGAUGAGACGUAUACAGCUUUUGAAAAUAUAUAUCCAGUGCUAACGGAGUUCAGGAAGAUCCAACAAUGAGUGGGUUGUAGGUAAUACAGGUUGCUGCAUCGAUUCUUGUUUUUAUAUGAAACGAAGGUUUUAGGAGUGCCAUGGGAGAUAUAUGUUGUUGCGGUUCUCAUUACUCAGGAAGGAGACUAUACUCAUUGAUCUUCCCUUAAAACAGAAACAGCAGCUUUGGGGUGUCUAAAUCUAAUUAUAUUUUUAUGACCUCAUAGUGUCUGCCAUUCUUGGUUUUCCUUUAUCCUAGGUUUUGAGAGUCGAAAAUUUUGAAAAGCAUGACUAUGGUGCAGCUCUUUGAUUGCUUUCAAUCUAAUUGUCUUCCCUGCGGUUCGAUGUUGAAUGAGAAAGUGUCCAGUUAAUUUUCUUACUUGUACGGCAUGAAACUCUACUUAAACUGCCAUUUGGAAGCCUUUGCAUGGCGAUGUUAGAACUUUUAAGAUACUAGUAUUUUUUGUUCUUUA